AAUCUCCUCUUUAAAAGCCUUCGAGGCCAAAUCUCUUGAUUUAAGAGCGAAUAGAAAUGUCGGCUGGGACGCUAGAGGUUUUUCUCAUCGGCGCUACCGACAUCAAGAACUGUGACAUCUUGUGGAAAUCGGACCCCUAUGCGAUCCUCAAGUUCAAAGGCCAGAGUUUCCAGAGCAGCACGGCCAAAGGGCAGGGCUCCACACCGAAGUGGAACGAAAAAUUCGUGUUUAGCCUCGAGGGUGAGAGCGACGUUCCUCUGGAAGACGAGACCAUGUUUGUGAAGCUGUUCGACAAGGAUCACGUCGUUGGCAGCGAUGAUUUCAUUGGGACCGUCAGAGUUCCUCUGGGACAAGUUCUCGCCAGCAAAGUCGACGGUCCCAACGCGUACGACGUAAUCCUCCCGGCCGGGAUAAUCCAAGGCAAAGUCAAGCUCUCCAUGAAGUUCAAACCAGCCUAAUAUCUAUUAGUAGAAUGAUAAAUUUCGGUUGGACUUUCUCUUCUGACUCCGUGUUCGAACCCAUUCUAAUGGAUCCAUGUAGGCUA